CAUGCCCAAUCUGCAAAUGGACGUGAGGGAUUUCGUGACUGCACACGAACAAUGUGCUAUAUAAAUGCCGAAAUGGCUGGACUUUGGGUAUCAGUUAUCCAGCUGCUGUAAACACCACCACAAGUCCCCAACAUGAAGGUUCUCAUCCUCGCCGCACUCGUAACGAUCGCUGCAGCCAGAUCGAGUUAUCCGGCCAAAACAUACAAGACUUACGAAGCUCCGUCUUAUUCGGCCCCCGCUUACGAGAAACCUGAGACCUACAAAGCCGAACCCUACAGUUUCUCUUGGGAUGUUAAAGAUGAAUACUACAAUGAUUAUUCUCAUUCGGAGACCAGCGAUGGUAAAGUCGUGACCGGAUCUUACCGAAUUGAAUUGCCCGAUGGCCGUGGUCAAACAGUGACGUACAGGGCCGACAGCAAUGGAUACGUCGCUGAUGUCAAGUACGAUGGUGAAGCUAAAUACCCGCCUCCCGAUUACAAACCUGCGGCUUAUUCGGCUCCUGAUUACAAACCUGCGGCUUAUUCGGCUCCCGAUUACAAGUCCUCCACCUACAGGGUCCCUGCAUACAAGCCCCCUGUUUACAAGACUCGCGCUAGAUAUUGAAAAUAGUAUAACUAUUUAUUUGCAUGCAAAUGCAUCACAUUUUGUGUUUCAUAGCUUAUGACUUGUAUGGGCCCAUAGCCUUAAAAAAGUAAUAAUAAAAAAUGUAUCUAUGUUUUUGAAAAAAAUUUCUAUUUUAAUUGGCAAGAA